CGCCACCACUUCUCUCAGAGAUACCUCUACUGCUCUUGAGAAGCUCGAAUUGAUCACCACAAUUACUGAGUAAUCUGACCAUCCCGUCGUCCAGCCCUACUACCGCAGCACUCUCGACACAUCGCCCCCAGCACAACCUCGGCCGAAGGCGACAGCUAUAUAACCAUGGCAACAGCGACAGUUGCUUCGCCAUACCCCUUCGCCGCCGCGCCGGACAUUGUGCGCGCACACCAGAAAGACGCCUACUUCACCGGCCAUCUCGCCAACACAAUCACCGACCUCUACCGCCGCGUGCUCGGCGCCCGCGCGACACAUGCUGCUGCUCCCGAACUCCGAUCCCUCGCCACACUCGUCUACUUCUGCCUCACAACACUGCCCGGUAACCGCACGCUAGGCGAGGAAUACUGCGACUUAGUGCAAGUCAAUGGCGCCGAAAAUGGCCGUCUGCCCAACUUGCAGACCCGCGCUUCAUAUAUUGCCGGCAGCAUUCUCCUGCCGUACAUUGUCAGCCGUGGCCUGCCUGGUCUGCGCACACGCAUCCGCAAGAUGAUUGAACGCCGUAUCAGUACACUCAAGAACCAAGGCAAAGAAGGGUCCCGCGAAGCGCGCGUCUGGGAGUACAUUUCAAACCACCUGUCGUCACUGACCUCGGCCGCGCCGAUCCAAGCCAUCACGCUCACCCUCUUCUACUUCAACGGCACAUACUACGAACUCACAAAGCGCCUGCUUUCGCUGCGCUACGUCUUCACAAGAGAGGUGCCAGAUACGCCGGACCGCGCGGGCUACGAGGUUCUUGGCGUCUUGCUAGUUAUCCAGAUGGGCGUCCAAGGCUACCUGCACGUGCGGGACACGAUGAACUCGUACACGGCGUCGCGGGAGCGUGCGGCUUUCCAUGCUACUGGCGCGGAUGUAUCGCUUGAUCACGACAACUCGUACUCUGCCAACAGCAAUCUUCUCAUGUCUGAUCUUGGUAGCCGAGCAUCGGGUGAGAGUCGUGUGGAUCUAGCGACUGCAACGCACACACCAGCGGACAAUGUACCGCGCUUCGACCUUACCAACGAGAAGGCAAUGGGCUAUAUCAAGGGCAGCCAGCAGCGUAAAUGCACCUUGUGCCUAGAGGAGCUGAAAGAUCCGUCGGCAACGCCAUGCGGGCAUGUCUUUUGCUGGGAGUGCAUUGGCGACUGGGUGCGUGAGAAGCCCGAGUGCCCGCUGUGCCGAAGAGAUACACUGGUGCAGCACAUCCUGCCGCUACGGGUUAUAUAAAAACCCCACAAGUCGCGAUUCAUCAGGAAAAUAACAACUAGCAAUGUAUAAAGGAGCAUCACAUUCAUGUAGCGAACGCAUUAUGGGGAAAAAGGAGU